UGGGUCUUAGCUCUUAAUGGAGUGGAAAACAAAAGCACCCAUGUACGUUGGGGACAAGAAUGAUUGAUCUUGAGUUGGGUCCUUUCAUAUAGUAUAAAGAAUGUACCAAGUACCUCCACUUCUAUUGCUUUUAUUUUCUUCAAUAAAGAAACAAGCAAGCAAUUGGACUCACCCUCUUAUUAAAUGUCUAACUGUUCUUCAUCUUCAUCAUCUUGCUCUUGCUUUCUUACUAUUUAGAAGUUGCACUCUUGCCACUAUCUUUGAAGAGCCUCAACUGAGUGUGCACGUAUUACAAUUGAAAAGGCGCCGUUUGGCUUCUUGCAUUGAUUUCAGCUCUAUAAAAUAAGAAAAGCAUUUUCAAGACGUAUAAAGAAUGUACCACGUAUUCCUCCACUUCUAGUGCUUUGAAUUUGUUCAAUAAUGUAACAAGCAACUUGGUCUCACACUACUCUCACCUCCCUUGUUAAAUAUCUAACUGUUCUCCCUCUUCAUCAUCAUCAUCUUGUUCUUGCUUUCUUAGUAUCAGAAGUAGCAGCCUUGUCAUUCUCUUGAAGACUUGAGUGGAAGUAUUAGUGUUGAAAAUGAGCUCGUGUGUCGCCAAAUGCUUGUCGCAUCGGCUGGAGAACAUAGAUGAAAAUGCUCCACCAAAGUGGCUGCCAAUAUCUUCUGCCCAACCUGAAACUCCAACUGAGUCCAUGGAGUUUCUUGCCAGAUCAUGGAGUCUUUCAGCGAUGGAACUAUCCAAAGCUCUUACCAGCACAGAUAUUGCUUCUAAUAUUCUUGAGAAGACACCAUUAAGCUCCAUUGGCAUUGAAGCACAUGAUGCAACUCAUGCAAGUUCUAUGACUUCAAAAGAAUAUCAGUUACCAAGUGGGGACAGCCCUCCAAUUUCACCAAGAGACAGUGAUGAAAUGAAGGAAAUAUUUUUACUUCAUCAAGCACUCAAUCCAGAGUUCAUUUCCAGUCAACUGCUCACAAAUGGGCUAUACAGGAGCUUACUGAGAGGGAAAACAAUGGGGAGGUGGUUAAAAGAUCAGAAGGAAAGGAAGAAGCAGGAAAUCCGAACCCAAAAUGCACAGUUGCAUGCAGCAGUAUCUGUGGCAGGGGUUGCUGCUGCUGUUGCGGCACUUGCAGCUUCAAAUGCAUCUCCUGAUAUGUCAGCUGCCCAUCCGAAAAUGCCUUCCAAAAUAUCUACAACAAUAGCAUCUGCAGCAGCUCUAGUAGCAUCCCAUUGCAUUGAGAUUGCAGAGGAAAUGGGAGCUGAUCAUAACCAUAUCUCAACAACAGUCAACUCUGCAAUUAAUGCAAGGACUAACGGAGAUAUCAUGACCCUAACAGCUGGAGCAGCUACAGCCUUAAGAGCAGCUGCCACCCUAAGGGCCAGGCUGCAAAAGGGGUAUGGAGCUGCAACGUUUGCUCAGGCUGACGAAAUGGGUGAAGAAGGCAAAGAACCUAACAUCUUGACAGCUUUGAACUUUGUCUCUAAAGGAGGAGAGCUUCUCAAACGUACAAGGAAAGGGGCUCUCCACUGGAAGCGAGUUUCUUUCAACAUAAAUUCAAAUUGGCAGGUUGUAGCUAAAAUGAAAAGCAAGCACAUGGCAGGAACAUUUACUAAAACAAAGAAAUGUAUAGUCUCUGGGGUCUACAAUGACACACCAGCAUGGCCCGGAAGGGAGAGGGAAGAUGCUAGUGAACACAUGGCUUAUUUUGGGAUAAAAACAGUUGACAGAGUAAUUGAAUUUGAAUGCAGAAGUAAAGGAGAAAAACACAUGUGGACUAAGGGGAUCCAGCAUAUGUUGAAUUGCCGUGCCAACAUAAACUAAUGCUGAUAACAGUUUACAAUUUGAAAUACUGUAAAAUUGGAUUUUCAUUUUUUUUAGCCAUCAUAACAAUUAACUUGUUGUGUACAUCAAAUGUCUAUGUUCAUAAUGAGAGAUGGCCAAGAUAAACAAUUUUAUUUGUUGUUACCGGGAGAUCCAACUGCACUAUAGCAAUAGUGGACUCUAGACCAUCCAUCAAAGGAGGUUCAAGUCUAACUUGAACAAUCUGAGUGAUUGUAACUUUCCUGAAGCAAUAAUCUGUGCAAGUUCUCUCCCUGGUGUGAGUAUAAUGAAAUUUUAUUGUUA